UGAGGGUCGCAUGCCGAGCUCCAGGGCUCAGAGGCCUCCCCACACCCACUCCCCAUCCGAGGGGUGGGCCUGGGGGCUGGCAGUAAGGACUCCCUUCCCUCUUAGUUUGGAGUUUCACUCAUGUUGCCAAGAACCUAGUGCUGGCUCUGCCUCAAUCUGAUUCCGCCUCCCUCCUGGAGGAUGUUCUGCUUUGGGCUUUAUUUUGGCUGCCGGCUUUACUGUUCUGCUGCUUCAGGUUUGUAUGUUGAAGGUGUGCCCACGGGAAAAUCUGCCAGGUUCUCACCCCACAUGUGACUUCUUCCCCAGACUAGUAAUUUAAGAGAUGUGAGCGUUGUGUUUGCCACUGCCGUUAUGCCUGCAGGGCCAAACCCAGCAAGAAGCUUCAGCUGUGACCGCCAAAGCGGGGCAGAUUUUAGGGAGGGGAAAAAAAAAAAACCCUUAGUGAAAAUGUAGAAGGUCCUCUGACAACACUGCAGCAUUCUGCCUAAGGAUGCGGAUACAUUCAGACCGAUUUCUAAUCCAAGCACAGCUCCGUAAGAGCGGACAGCCAGCAAGUCUGAAGCCAGGUGUCUGCUUACUACGAACACAGUAGUGCACAGUGGGCAUUCUCCAAGUCCUCACAGGCUUUCGACCAGCUCGGGAGAAAACUGCAGUGUGAAUACUUGUGGAUGAGUGGGGUGAGGGGAACGUUCCCUGUCCAGUGAUUGUACCAAAGGCGAAUGCAGAGCCAGGAAGAAAGUCCUACAAAUGUGGCUGCGUAAACAGGCUGCUGGCCGCACCUUGUAAGCCUUUGUGCUAUGUUGUCUUUGAGUGGGAAGGUGUUGGUGUAGCAGGAUUUAGUCUGUGGCCCCCUCCAAAAGUUUCUCAUCUUGUCAAGGGAAGACUUAAGGAAUUCCCUGCUCUCAUCUACUAGAAUUAUCUACUAGAGGCCUAGCCUUGUCACUUUGACUUCUCUUAAACAACCCAGGUGUCCUUAUGCAGAGGCUCAGGAGGGAUGUCGAGAUACGAAUUUCAUCUUGGGAAAACAUGGAGGCCACUGAUAUUGGUGGGUCCCCAGAGUCCAGCUGUUGAUCUGCAGGCCUUCUUUUCUGUCAGAUUUGCUUGCUUCCUUUGCUGGUCUGGACCAGAGUUAAAUAAUCCCAGUGUUAGAAAGAACCUCAGAGCUCACAUCAAUCCACUUUCCACAAGGUAAAAAGAUGCCCAGUUCCACAACUUGUGUCCAUCGAGCCCUGUUUGACCCUUCUCAGCAGUGGGGGUUUUGCUUCGAGCUGUCUGCGUUGCUGCUUCUAAUUACUAAAAGGGACUUCCUUUUUUAAAUAAGAAAGGGCAGUUCACAGGAGAGGCAAUACAAAUGAAAAACUGUUCAAUAUCCCUGGUAAUUAAAGAAAGGCAAAUUAAAACAAUGAGAUGUUCUUUCCCCUAACAAAUUGGCAAAGAUUUUCUCAAAGGUUCGUUCUCGGUGUAGACGAAGAUUUAAGGAAAUGGGUCAACACUUGGUAUGUGUUAAAAGCCUUAAAAUCCAUACAUCCUUCGAUUUGGCAACGCCCUUUCUAGUGCUUUCUCUAAAGGAAAAUAAUCCUGUUUGUGGGGCGGGGUUUGGCUGUAAGGAUGCACCUAGUGGUGAUGCUUCUAAUAAGACCUGAGGAGUAGCCAAGUGUCUAACAAUUGGGGCUUGGUUAAGUCAGUAGUGCCACAUCCUAAGCAUUUCUUGGGCAUUUUGUAUUCAUUAACUCACUUAAGCCUCACGAUACCACUACAAAGUAGGCCUGUUAUUUUGGCAAUUUUACAGAUAAAAUAACAGCUGCGAAGAAGGCAGAUAACUUCAGCAAGAUGAUCUGGAUGGCUACUAGUGGUGGCAGGAUGUCCACCAGGGUGGUCGCUCUCUCCAGAGCCCAUACAUCCUUAACGCAUGCGCCCCACUGCCUCUCGUAACAGACACGUGAAGCAGAAAGUCUGUACUAAGUGGAAUGUGGGUACUCUCCCAUUUCUGUUUAAAAUACUGAAGACCCGAAGAUACAUGGCAUUAAUUUGUACCUAACACAGUCCCCAGCCUAAUGGGUGCUACUGGAGAUGGUGGUCUCCAAAGUGCGACAUGCAUAUUGGAAGCCAUGGAAGGUGAGAUGAUCCACUGUGGGGCAGGAAGAAAAUAAUGACAGACAGAUGGACACAUAGAUACAUAGAAUGGGCAGACCUGCUUCAGGGCUGUGAUGUUGUGAAGAUGAAACAGAACAAUGAGCGUGAAAGGCCCAGCUCUUGGCGCCUGGUGGGUCUUUCCCAAUGUCAGACCCUCCCGAAGUCCUCUGUUUAGAGAGAAAACUCCAUGUGGUCAGAAAGCACUCUGGUGUCUCGGAUUUGGCUCUGCGUUGCCCACUCCUGCUGGAUCUUGUCCAGUCGAGGGACAUAAACAUCCUGGCACCUUCCUGAAGAAUGGGAAGAAAGGAGAUUCUGGAAGCACAGACUGAGCCGCCGUGCUGGAGGCCGAGGAAGCGGACGCCGGAAGGGAACGCUCCCACACCCCCAGGAUCCCCGAGGAGAGCCGGCGCUGGAGGCAUGCAGGCCCAAGAAGGGGAGAAAUGCCAGCCGUGACCACGAGCCACCCCCAGCAGUUCCCGAGCAGUCCGCCCAGGGCCAGCGCGUGGAGGACGCACAGCGGCUCGCUCGCAGUUUGCAAUGGCCAAAGCUGGAACGGAGGCCACAGAGGCCGAAGAAGCAGCGGGGGUCCACAAUUUUCAGAAUAGCCCUGAGAAAACCAUCUCCCGAAUUACAGCCAGUUUUGCCAACAAAUGUUGUGAGAAGAAGGCCCCGCUGGGUCCCAUCGUGCCCGGAUGCCAUUCCUCAUGGACCGUGAAGAUCUCGCCUCUGCCUUUCUAAGCAGGUUGCUCUCGUUUCAGCUCUGGUAGUCCUGGGUGACCUUCUCCAGGAGGAAGUGUGAACUUUGUUUCUCUCUGAGUCCUGGAUUAAACUGUCUCACCCGAAACUGGCUCAUUUUAGGCUAGAAGCACCUCUAAACGUUGCUGUUUCUCAGAAGUUGCCAAGUUGAUGGCACACUUGUGUCAUAUGUGAGCGGGGGUCCUCUUCUGGCCUGGUCAGCAUGCCUCCUGGCCUCCCUCCAACACAGUCCUCUAAGCUCUUAGAAAUCUCUGACACAUCUCUACCAUGAGACCACGGCUGGCUUUUGGCAGUUAAACUGGACGUGGACUCACGGUUUUGGUUUGCUUCAAAGCAUGGAGGUGCAGUGUGAGCAGCCCCGGGAUUCAAGGCACGAACCCAGCAGCCUCUAACUAGUUCAUGGCGGAGCUUCAAGAAAUACUGGCCAGGCAAGCUCUCCCUUCCGGAGGGAAGAGCAGAGCGUGAGAGGAAGGCCACGCAGUGGAAGUGGACAUGAACGCUGGUUUCCAAAGAGAGCAGUGUUUUAGUUUUGGUCAUCGAAAGUGGUGUCUUCAGCACAGAAGAGCGUGAAUUUCCCUCGGCGGCCGCUGUUCUCCAUCCCGGGACCAAAGGGGAGAAGGGACCUGACAGAGCUGCCCAAGGCUCCAGCGUGGCUUCUUGAGAGCCGGGACCAGGGAUGAUUGGGCCGUGCAUACAGAUGUCUCUAGCCUCCAACCGUUCGCAUAGCACACAGGGGACUCGUGGGUGGCCACUUGCCACUGCCAACUGAAACAGUAUGAUGGCGACAUCGACGUCCUUCAUGACGUUUCCACGACAGACAUUCAGGCAGAAAGUGCCGGUGCGUUUUCUGUCUUCAAAGUAGAGGGCCAUGCCUCACCAAUGUGAAUAGUUUGGGCCCCGAUGACCUGCUCUGAGUCCACUCGCAGCCAGUGACACUUGCAAAAAAAAAAAAAAAAAAAAAAAAAAAAAAAACCACCUCCCAAAGCCCAUCUUGGGUUUGGUUUCCGUAACUCUUGACCAAUGUGGCCAAAGCCAGACGCCUCCUUGGGACACUUGGAUUAUUCAUAAAUGCAGCCUGCCCCAACCCUCCCUGAAUAGCAUCUGAAGUCUCUGUGGAGGUCAUGGAUCCUGAACAAAGUGUCAAGGGCACCAAGAAGGCUGAGGGAAGUCCCCGGAAGCGGCUGACCAAAGGAGAGGCCGUGCAGGCCAGCGUUGCGUCCAGCACCCCAUACCCAGGCAGCAGCACAGCCGCCACCCAAGAGGGCCCCCUCCAAGAGCUCCUAGCCCCGCAGCCCUUCCCGGGCCCCCCGUCGGUUCUUAGGGAAGGCUCUCAGGAGAAAACCGGCCAGCAGCAGAAGCCCUCCAAGAGGUCCUCCAUUGACACCUCCGUCCCCAUCUCGCAGCUUCCGCAGCACCCUCUGACACCAGCAUUCAUGUCGCCUGGCAAACCGGAGCAUCUCCUGGAGGGGUCCACGUGGCAGCUGGUGGACCCCAUGAGACCCGGACCCUCAAGCUCCUUCGUGACCCCUGGGCUCCAUCCACCAAGCCAGCUCCUCCCCUCCCAUGCUUCCAUCAUCCCCCCCGAGGACCUGCCUGGCAUCCCCAAAGUCUUCGUGCCCCGUCCCUCCCAGGUGUCCCUGAAGCCCCCAGAAGAGGCGCACAAGAAGGAGAGGAAACCGCAGAAGCCGGGCAAGUACAUAUGCCAGUACUGCAGCCGGCCCUGCGCCAAGCCCAGCGUGCUCCAGAAGCAUAUCCGCUCGCACACGGGCGAGCGGCCCUACCCCUGCGGCCCCUGCGGCUUCUCCUUCAAGACCAAGAGUAACCUGUACAAGCACAGGAAGUCCCAUGCUCACCGCAUCAAGGCCGGCCUGGCCUCGGGAGUGGGUGGCGAGAUGUACCCCCCGGGGCUGGAGAUGGAGAGGAUCCCCGGGGAGGAGUUCGAGGAGCCCACCGAGGGGGAAAGCACAGACUCGGAGGACGAAACAGGCACCGCGUCCGCCCACCCCGCAGAGCUCUCCCCCAGGCCCAAGCACCCGCUCCUGUCCAGCGGAUUGUACAGCUCCGGGAGCCAGGGCUCCAGCCACGAUCGCUGCUCCCUGUCCCAGUCCAGCUCGGCCCCGUCGCUCGAGGACCCCGCUCCAUUCACGGAACCCUCAUCCGAACACCCCCUGAGCCAGAAACCCGAAGACACCCACACCAUAAAGCAGAAGCUGGCCCUCCGCCUGAGUGAGAGGAAGAAGGUGAUGGACGAGCAGGCGUUUCUGAGCCCGGGCAGCAAAGGGAGCACAGAAUCUGGGUAUUUCUCCCGCUCUGAGAGCGCCGAGCAGCAGGUCAGCCCCCCGAACACCAACGCCAGGUCCUACGCCGAGAUCAUCUUUGGCAAGUGCGGGCGGAUCGGGCAGCGGACGGCCAUGCUGACGGCCACCUCCACCCAGCCCCUCCUGCCCCUGUCCUCCGAAGACAAGCCCAGCCUGGUGCCUUUGUCUGUGCCCCGGACGCAGGUCAUUGAGCACAUCACCAAGCUCAUCACCAUCAACGAGGCCGUGGUGGACACCAGCGAGAUCGACAGCGUGAAGCCAAGGAGGAGCUCGCUGUCCAGGCGCAGCAGCAUGGAGUCCCCCAAAUCCAGCCUCUACCGGGAGCCCCUGUCGUCCCACGGCGACAAGACAAGCAAGCCCGAACAAUCACUGCUGAGCCUCCAGCACCCGCCCAGCACCACCCCCCCUGUGCCUCUGCUGAGAAGCCACUCAAUGCCUUCUGCCACCUGCACCCUCAGUACCCCCCACCACACCUUCCGAGGUAGCUACUCCUUCGACGACCACAUCACCGACUCUGAAGCCCUGAGCCGCAGCAGUCACGUGUUUACCUCCCACCCCCGGAUGCUCAAGCGCCAGCCGGCCAUCGAACUACCUUUGGGAGGGGAGUACAGUUCCGAGGAGCCGGGGCCCAGUAGCAAAGACGCGGCCUCCAAAGCCUCAGACGAGCCAGAAACCAAGGAAAGCGAACUCACCAAAAAGACCAAGAAGGGUUUGAAAACGAAAGGGGUGAUCUAUGAAUGUAACAUAUGUGGUGCUCGGUACAAGAAACGGGACAACUACGAGGCCCAUAGGAAGUACUACUGCUCGGAGCUUCAGAUCACGAAGCCCAUCCCUGCGGGUGCUCACACGUCCCCAGAAGCCGAAAAGAGUCAGGCCGAGCACGAGCCCUGGCCCCAGAUGAUGCAUUAUAAACUGGGGACCACCUUGGAGCUCACUCCGCUGAGGAAGAGGAGGAAAGAGAAGAGCCUUGGGGAUGAGGAGGAGCCACCUGCCUUUGAGUCCACCAAAAGUCAGUUUGGCGGCCCCGGACCGUCCGAGGCUGCUCGGAACCUUCCCCUGGAGUCCACCAAGUCACCAGCAGAACCGAGUAAGUCAGUGCCCUCCCUGGAGGGACCCACGGGCUUCCAGCCAAGGACUCCCAAGCCAGGGUCUGGUCUAGAGUCUGGGAAGGAGAGGAGAACCAUAUCCAAAGAAAUUUCUGUCAUCCAGCACACCAGCUCCUUCGAGAAGUCCGACUCUCUGGAGCAGCCCAGUGGCUUGGAAGGGGAAGACAAGCCCCCGGGCCCAUUCUCCUCUCCCCCACCCGCCCCGCACGGACGCUCGGCCCACUCCCUACAGCCCAGGCUGGUCCGCCAGCCCAACAUUCAGGUCCCCGAGAUCCUGGUGACUGAGGAGCCCGACCGGCCAGACACGGAGCCCGAGCCGCCCCCUAAGGAACCCGAGAAGACGGAGGAAUUCCAGUGGCCCCAGCGCAGCCAGACACUUGCCCAGCUCCCGGCCGAGAAGCUGCCGCCCAAGAAGAAGAGGCUGCGCCUGGCGGAGAUGGCCCAGUCGUCGGGGGAGUCCAGCUUUGAGUCUUCUGCACCCCUGUCUCGCAGCCCUAGCCAGGAGAGCAGUGUCUCUCUGAGCGGGUCCAGCCGCUCUGCCUCCUUCGAGAGGGAUGACCACGGAAAAGCUGAGGCCCCCGGGCUCUCGUCUGACCCACGCCCCAAACCCUUGGGCACCCACAUGCUGACCGUCCCCAGCCACCACCCGCAUGCCCGAGAGAUGCGGAGGUCAGCCUCAGAGCAGAGCCCCAACAUUUCCCAUUCUGCCCAUAUGACCGAGACACGCAGCAAAUCAUUCGACUACGGCAGCUUGUCCUUGACAGGCCCUUCCGGGCCAGCCCCGGCGGCUCCAGCAGCCCCGGCCACCCCGGCCGCCCCGCCAGAGAGAAGGAAGUGCUUUUUGGUGAGACAGGCCUCUCUGAGCAGGCCUCCAGAGACCGAGCCGGAGGGCACCCCCAAGGGAAGACAGGAGAGCGAGGAACCAAAGCCCUCAUGCAGUAAGCCUUCCACCAAGAGCUCGUUGCCCCAGAUUUCCUCAGCGGCCACCUCGCACAGCGGGCACCCGGGAGGCAAGAGCCAGGUGCAGGACAGACCCCCACUGGGGUCCACUCCGCCCUACACAGAAGCCCUGCAGGUGUUCCAUCACCCCAUUGCCCAGCUCCCCUUGCACGAGAAGCCGUACCUGCCCCCACCCGUCUCUCUUUUCUCCUUCCAGCACCUCUUGCAGCAUGAGCCAGGACAGUCUUCAGAAUUCUUCUCCACCCAGGCCAUGUCCAGCCUCCUCUCUGCACCGUACUCCAUGCCCCCGCUUCCCCCUACCCUAUUUCAAGCCCCGCCACUUCCUCUCCAGCCUACGGUUCUGCACCCAGGCCAGCUCCACCUCCCCCAGCUCAUGCCUCACCCAGCCAGCAUCCCCUUCCGGCAGCCCCCUUCAUUUCUCCCUGUGCCGUACCCUGCCUCGUCGGCGCUCUCUUCUGGAUUUUUCCUGCCUCUGCAAUCCCAAUUCCCACUUCCGCUCCCUGGCGAUGUGGAAAGCCAUCUGCCCCAGAUCAAAACCAGCGUAGCCCCGCUGGCGACAGGAACCACCGGCCUCUCCCCCAGCACAGAGUACAGCAGUGACAUCCCACUUCCCCCUGUGGCUCCCCCAGCCAGCUGCUCGGCACCCACCUCAGCCCCUCCGCUGACCCUGCCUGCCUGUCCAGACACCAUGGUGUCCCUGGUUGUGCCCGUCCGCAUUCAGACCAACAUGCCAUCCUAUGGGAGUGCCAUGUACACCACCCUCUCCCAGAUCCUGGUCACCCAGUCCCAAGGCAGCUCAGCAACUGUGACUCUUCCUAAGUACGAGGAGCCCCCAUGCAAAGGGACGACUGUGUGUGGGACAGAUGUGUACGAGGCUGGGCCUGGAUUGGCCAGGGUAAGUGAAGAGCAGAGCAGAGGUUUCCCGACUCCAUACUUGAGAGUGCCUGUGACAUUUCCUGAAAGAAAAGGCACUUCCCUAUCAUCGGAGAGUGUCUUGAGCCUGGAGGGGAGCUCUUCAACGGUGGGGGGGAGCAAACGCGUCCUUUCACCAGCUGGCAGCCUUGAACUCACCAUGGAGACCCAGCAGCAAAAAAGGGUGAAGGAAGAGGAGGCUUCCAAGGCAGAUGAAAAACUCGAGCUGGUAAAGCCGUGCAGUGUGGUGCUGACCAGCACGGAGGAUGGCAAGAGGCCAGAGAAAUCCCACUUGGGCAGCCAGGGCCAGGGCAGGAGGGAGCUGGAAAUGGUGUCCAGCCUAUCCUCAGAUCCAUCGGACCCCAAGGAAAUGACUCCCCUUCCUCACUCCUCACUGCCCCAUGUGACGGCCCCAGGCUCAGAGGCUUUGAAGGAAUACGCCCAGCCAUCUGGUAAGCCUCACCGGAGAGGGCUGCCCCCACUGAGUGUGAAGAAAGAAGAUUCCAAGGAACAACCUGACCUCCCUCCACUGGCACCUUCCAGCUCGCUGCCUCUGUCAGAAACGUCCCCAAGACCAGCCAAGCCGCAAGAAGGUACGGACUCAAAGAAGGUACUGCAGUUCCCCAGCCUUCACACGACCACUAAUGUCAGUUGGUGCUAUUUAAACUACAUUAAGCCAAAUCACAUCCAGCAUGCAGAUAGGAGGUCCUCUGUUUACGCUGGUUGGUGCAUAAGUUUGUACAACCCCAACCUUCCGGGGGUUUCCACUAAAGCUGCUUUGUCCCUCCUGAGGUCUAAGCAGAAGGUGAGCAAAGAAACAUACACCAUGGCCACAGCUCCGCAUCCUGAGACAGGAAGGCUUGUGCCAUCCAGCUCCCGCAAGCCACGCAUGACAGAGGUUCACCUCCCUUCGCUGGUUUCCUCGGAAGGCCAGAAAGAUCUAGCUAGAGUGCAGAAGGAAGAAGAGAAGCGAGGCAAGCCGGAGGAGGAUGCUCCUGCCUCCAAAAGAGGGGAGCCAGCGAGGAUCAAAAUCUUCGAAGGAGGGUACAAAUCAAACGAAGAGUAUGUAUAUGUGCGAGGCCGCGGCCGAGGGAAAUAUGUUUGUGAGGAGUGUGGAAUUCGCUGCAAGAAGCCCAGCAUGCUGAAGAAACACAUCCGCACCCACACUGACGUCCGGCCCUAUGUGUGCAAGCACUGUCACUUUGCUUUUAAAACCAAAGGGAAUCUGACUAAGCACAUGAAGUCGAAGGCUCACAGCAAAAAGUGCCAAGAGACAGGGGUGCUGGAGGAGCUGGAGGCCGAAGAAGGAACCAGUGAUGACCUGUUCCAGGACUCAGAAGGGCGAGAGGGCUCGGAGGCGGUGGCGGAGCACCAGUUUUCAGACCUGGAGGACUCGGACUCGGACUCGGACCUGGACGAAGACGAGGAUGAGGACGAAGAGGAGAGCCAGGACGAGCCAUCGGGACCGGCCUCGGAGGCACCCCCGCCCGGCCCGCCGGCCUCGCUGCCGGCAGACUCCUCACCCAGUGCGGGCCCUCAGCCCCCAGAUGCCACCUCCGGCGGCCAGGCCACACGGGGCAGCUCGGUCCUGGACGCCGAGCGCCUGGCAGCCGGCAGCUGCUCCACGUCCAGCCAAAGCGCACUGUGCCUCCCCCCGCUGGGACCGGCCCCCUCGGGCCCCGUGGAGAAGGACACAGGCUCAGCCCCGAGCGCCAAGGCUGUGUCCCCGAGAAGGCCGUGGUCCCCCAGCAGAGAAGCAGGCAGCCGCCCACCACCGACCCACAAACACUCACUAACCAAAAGCGACUUGUCUCCCCAGCGACACUCACCGGCCGGAGGGCCACAGGCCUCAGCCCCAAGCCCGCCGGGCCCCCCGCCGGGCCCUCUCCCCUGUGGGUCUCCAAGACUCGAGCUCUCUCCUCUCACCCCCCGCCCCCUGGGGAGGGAACUGCCCUCCCGAGUGCAUCCGCCCCCUGAACGCAAGGGGGCCCCAGACCCGGGCCCCCCCAGACACUCCCCCACCAGGAGACGGUCCCCGGGCCAGGCCGAGUCACCGCCACGGUCAGCGCUGCCGGGGAAGUGGGCCUGGGCUGGGCCGGGCAGCCCCUCAGCAGGCGAACGCGGCCCAGGCUCGGGGCCGGCCCCGCGGGCUCUCCACCCGCCCGCGCCUCUACCUCACAAGCUUCUCGGCAGAAGCCCCGAGACCUGCGCCUCCACGUGGCAGAAGGCCGCACCCCGGAGUCCCUCCUGCUCGCCCGGCCCCGCUCCCCCGCCCUCCUCCCGACCCUUCUCGGCCCCCCACGACUUCCACGGCCACACCCCAGCGCGGACAGAGGAGAACAUCUUCAGCCACCUCCCCCUGCACUCCCAGCACCUGCCCCGGGCCCCGUGCCCCCUGAUCCCCAUCGGCGGGAUCCAGAUGGUGCAGGCCCGGCCGGGCGCCUGGGUGGGCGGCUUCUCGGGCGGCGGCAGCGACCUGACGGGGGCCCGGGAGGCCCAGGAGCGAGGCCGCUGGAGUCCCUCCGAGAGCUCGCCGGCCUCCGUGUCCCCCGUGGCUAAGGUAUCCAAGUUCACGCUGUCGUCGGAGCUGGAGGGCAGGGAGCGCCCCGAGGACCCGGGGAGGACGAGCGGGGGCCCGGGCCGGCCCCCUGACCGGGAGCCCCGCGCCGCCCAGGUGCCCGCACAGCCCGGCCCCCGCGCCCCGCCCGAGGCCCGGCCGCCCCCUGCCCGCAGGCCCGAGCCCUGGAGCCCCCGCGGGGAGCCCGCCCCCCCCGCGGCCUGCGCCCCCGCCCUGGACCGCAGCAGCUCCGUGGGCUGCCUGGCCGAGGCCUCCGCUCGCUUCCCGGCCCGGAGGAGGCACCUGUCCGGGGAGCCCAGGACCAGUCGGGGCUCCCCCGAGCCCUCAGGAAGUGGGGGGCCCGGGGCACUUCCACGCCAGCCCCAGGACAGGGGCCCCCCAAGCGCUUAGCCUCUCUCCGGCUGCUUCAGCAUCUGGCUUCCGGUGUUCGGCAACAGCAGACGUUUCCAGGCCGCCUCCUCGAAGUCAUCUCGCUCUCAUGGGCUCCGUCUCCUGUCUGUCCGUCUGUCCAAGCAGCUUCUGCUCCGCCCCCACCUGUUCUAUCUUCCCACGUAUGCAGUUACCUGUGCCUUUUUCUAUACCUUUUGUUGCUUGAAAAGAAACAAAACACACGCACACAUUAAAACACACACACACACAACCAACAACAACCCGUGAGGAGUUUGAGGCUGUGAAUAUUUUGUGCUUUUGUGAGAAAGGGUGUAGGUGGGGCCUCACCCUGGGCCACUGCAGUCUGCUGGCCACCCGCCCCCUCCAUCCCCCCAAGGCUGGCCAGAGGUAACCAUUGGCUGAGGGACAGGGGGAUGAACUGAAGGAGAAAAAAGCAAAAGCAAGAAGCUUUGAAAAACAUAUAAUUAAAUGUAAAAGCAAGCACUCCUGUGUACAGGUGUUUAUGGUUCCUAUUUAUUGCCGCUUUAUUCCACCCCAGCCAUGGCCACCCUCGCUGCCGGGAGAAGGGCCAGAGGCCCGAGGCAGAGGGACACGGGCAGGGGGACCCCACUCAGCCUCCACGGGCAGGCCCAGAAAACCCCGGCUUGCUUUUUUCCCCCGAGGAAAAGAAAAUGCCACCUUUCCUAGGAUUUCAACACAAGUAGGAGGAGGCGAGAGAAGGUAGGAGCUUGCUGGUCCCCCCGGGCUCCCUGAUACCCAGGUGGUGUGAGCUGUGGGCCCAUCCUCGUAUCCUGACAAACUCCCCCAGCUCCCCACCCUCAACUGCUACCCUCCACCCCCCACCCCUAGCCCCUCAGCUGCGAAAGGAGCCCUGAAUGUUCACCUCCUGGUUCCUGAGCGCCUGACGAAGGCCUGGCUUCAGGGCUGAGCUAACAGGCUGCCUCCCUUGUUCUAGAAACUACCCACGAGGCCGAAGUGACAGGGCCCAACCCAUAGGGGUCAAGAUCCAAGGUGCACUGCCUCACCGUUCCUGAGGCUGGGGCUUGGGUUUCAUUGUAUGUUUGGUCCCUGGGGUUCAAAGGGCCCUAUUUCUUCCAUGGCGGGGCUUUUCCAGGGCUGAGCCCCAAACAUUUAUAGGGACCUGUUUCUGGGCCUCUUUUUGGUGAGAUGGGAAACCCGCCCCCCACCGCCAUCCCCACCCCACGCACCGUCAGGCCUCCACAACCCCCAGGAAGUACCCAAAACCAUGACUGGUGGGAAGUGCCCAGGCCUGUUUGUUGUGUUGGCUUAAAUCUCUUUUAAAAAUUACACACACACACACACACACGCGCGCGCGCAUAAAAAGAAAGGAUGGUGUUUGGUACUCUCCCAGCCUCCUCAGAUUCUCUUGACCUAGAAGAAUUGUCCCUGAGUCAAUUGAAUAAUUCUCCCAAGUAAUCAGUACUAGCCAGUGUCUCCUUCCUCAUCCCCGUCCUCUCCCUCAAGAAGCUGCCCUGGACCCCCUGAGGCAAAAACCUGCUUUGUAAGAAAAAUAAUAUGACCAGAAAUUAAAAUCCCAAGUUGAAAUAUAGAACUCAUGUUUGCCCUGCCCUGGGAGAGGCGAGUUUUCUCCCAACCUUCUAGAAUUUAUUUUCUUUAGUUUCUACAAGGAGGAGAAAGCACAGGGACCAUGGUCCUGGCCCACCGGGGCCAGGUGCUGAAGCCACCUUACAGAGCAGAGACUCCCUGACCAUCCCCAGUCCUCAGCCAGGCCAUGUGAAUCCUGAGCCUGGGGCCUCCUGAGCCGUUGUGUAGACAGGACACCGGUUGAGGCCCCAAUUCCCUCCUGUGCCAGUUCAGGGCCUUUCCCUGCCUGGCCUCUGCUGAGCAGAUGGGCCAGCCCCAGGUUCAGCUAAGACACAAACCAGACAAUAGGGAAGGGCCUCCCUGGGGAUGUGCUGGGCUCCAGGGUGCUGGGGGUGAGGUUAGCCGGAGGUCUCAGCUGCCCGGCCCGGAGUCCUGGGCUCCUGUGCGCCCUGAGACAAGGCCAGCAAGCCCAGCCUUGACUGUUUGGGCCUCACAGGAAGUGGGAAGGUGCCCAGCCCCGGUUCCGGCCCCGGCUUCCCUCACCCUCACCUCUCAGCCCUACCAGUGGACACUUGUAACACUGGACCCUGGGAGCUAGAUAAAGAGCAUCGCUCCAGCCCAGGUUUGAAACUCUCUUGGGCAAGAUCGUCCAGCCCAGAAGGGGUUUCUGCUAGCAGAGCCCAGCCCCAACCUUUGGGGGUGGCCACGCCCCUCCCCCCAGCCAUGCACCACCCCCCAACUCUCCUCCGUGUCAUUUCCCUGUUGAAGAACCUGGCCACUGAGCUUUCCUUCCUGGGAGACCCAGUCAUGGACAACGUGGCCAGCAGGGGACAGUCCUCUCAGCCACUCCGGCCCACAGGCACGGGCAGAGAGGACAGGCACCGGGAGUCACCAGAGACCCAUUUCUCAAUGACAAGGACACGAUGCACAAAUAGAAUCUGGCCAAAGGGCUGUUGCUCCACACCGAUCCUCAGAGGGAUGGAAUCGAUGCCACCAGCCUGGGACGUAUGUCCCUGGGCACAGUGCUAACCCCUUUUGCCAGACUCUCCCCCUGCUCCCCCGAGCACAGGGCCCCAGCCCACACACACCCCUCCAUAAUGUGGAAAGGACUUCACUGCAUGCCCUCCCCCCGUCCCACUCUCAACCACUCCCACGUUUGCAAUUUGCGUGUGCUGCUCGCUACUGUCCCUGUUAAGGGGGACGGGGCCGAAACGGUGCUGGGUUUCGCCAUAGACACCUGCUGGUGCUCGGUCGAAGUGUGCGGGCCGGCGGCUCCUCGGUCCAGGCUCACUCGGGUCCUUGGGUGUUGGCAGUGUGGCAGGAGCCAGAUUGCAGAGGGCUCACAGCCAGCCCUCGCCUUCUGUUGGGGAUCCUGAGACACUUAGCCCCCAGGCCGGCCCUCCAGGAUGCCCUCACUGUCGUCACACUCGGGGGGGUUCUGGAUACUGACCCCGUUCUUCUCCAAGUCACCUUUCCCCAGGCUCAGCCCCAGACUCCCACCCAGGGCUUACACUCUGCCCACCCACGGACACCCUCCAGGACCCUGACAGCAACAAGCUGCCCCUCACUCCCUUUCCCAUCACCUCCAACUUGCAAACCCAGAGGUCCCUCUGCUUCCCUCUUUCGGAAAAAGUCCGAAAGAAUCAACUCCCCGAUUCCUGUAGCCCCAUUUCAUUCUCACCCUGCACUUCUGAAUAGGAACCAGCAGUAUAUCUGAGCUGAACGUGCUCUCUAGUCCUUUCUCCAGAAAGAAAAAAAAAUCCUCCUGAAAGGAAAAGUCCUGCCUUGGAGACAGAUCUGCAGCAUUGACCAGGGAAAGUUCCCGAAGGCCUGUCCUACAAAUUCUGCUUCCGUGUAGUGGCUCCAGUCUGCUUUCCAUUAGAAAACCGCUUCGGCACUUAUGAUCACUUUACUAAACCUAGUGUUUAAAAAGAAAGAGAGAGAGAGAGAGAGAAGAGAAAAAAGAAACGUGUAGGCAAAUGUAAGAUAUACGCUCUCUGUAAGAUAAAUAUUUGCCUUUUUUUUUCUAAAAGGUGUAUGUAUUCUGUAUGUGAAAUCGUCUGUAGAGAAUUUCUAUGUUCUUAAAUGGCAAUACAUUCCAAAAAUCGUCCUGUAGAUAUGUACAGCAGCCACACUGGGAUGGGGUAGUUUUGCCUGUAAUUUUAUUUAAACUCCAGUUUCUACACUUGCAUCUUGCAAUGUCGGUAUGGUAUAUAUCAGUGAAAAAGAAAAACAAAAAAACAAAAAACAAAAAACCCAUGCAGGUCUAAAGCACAGAGUCUGAUAUACAAAAGGAAAAAAAUGCUCAGUAUUGAUGUGUGUGACCUUUGUUGUAAAUUACAUCUGUACUGUGAAUGAGAGGUUUUUACAAGUAUAAUAAUUGCCUUUAUUACAGCUCUGGCUGGGUGUUCAGCCUGAGGAUAUUUUUUAAAAAAAAGACACAGCACGUUGGAAUAAAUUUGAAAAUCCCAACAUA